AUAACUACCAUUUUUAUAUUUGUAAAUACAUUUUAUAAAUUAACUUGAACGUUUCAUGUGUGGAAUAUUAAACCAUAGUUAUUAUUAUGUAACUAUAUUAUCAGAUUGAUUUGAAACUAUCCUAUAAACGCCUCCAUUACAAUAGUAGCAACCUGUCGUGCUAUAUUUUUCCAACUUGUGCGUCGUUUUCAAUUAUUGUUAUAGCAUGCAAACCUUUAUGUCAGUGAAUUAAUUAAAUAAAACGAUGAUAAAAUUGUUAUAACACAUGAUCUUGCACUGAGAUGUUUCUAUUAUCAACCGGGUACAAUGUGUAUCAGAUAACAUUCUAUAUUUAUAUGGAUAAUAAUUCUGAUAGUAAUUAUAUGAUUUGUGAAGAAACGGAAAAUGAAAAGAUAUCAGUGUAAAAGAAACGGACGUUAUUUAAAACUUGGGAUUUUAGUGAUUUUGUAUACACUUGUUGUUUUGGGCACCCUUGUUUAUAGGGCUAGUGGUGGUCAACCUCACACACAUCAACGGCAUAAGAGGGAUUUAUCUGAAGACGAUGAUAACACUACAGAUUGCAUCCCGAGAUCUGUGGACAAUUUUCCAGGCAAUUUCUUUACAUUAGAACAAACACAAGAUGGCGGAGUAUUUCUCCACAUUUUUAUUGCCUUGUAUUUAUUUGGUGCACUGGCAAUUGUUUGUGACGACUAUUUUGUUGCCUCCCUAGAAGUAAUUUGUGAUGAAUUAAAACUUAAAGAGGAUGUGGCUGGUGCCACUUUUAUGGCCGCAGGAAGUUCUGCACCGGAAUUCUUCACAGCGCUGAUAGGGGUAUUUAUUUCAAAGAGCGACGUAGGAGUAGGUACAAUUGUUGGAUCGGCAGUCUUUAACAUUCUGUUCAUUGUUGGAGUUUGUGCUUUAUUCUCUGGAAUGGUAGUUAAUCUAACAUGGUGGCCAAUGUUAAGAGACUGUGUAUAUUAUAUCAUUGCUGUAGCUACACUAGUGAUUGUCAUACAAAAUGGCAAAGUGUACUGGUAUGAAGCCUUGAUUAUGUUUUUAUUGUAUCUUGGCUACAUUCUUAUAAUGUACUGGAAUAAAGAUCUCGAAGAGUAUUUUGAAAGACUUUAUCGAAAACUCCGACAUAUUCCUGAAGACCCCCCAUCACAAAAUGAAACUCAGUCCUUGACAGGUUCACAAAAGAUAGGCAAUGGUGUGUAUAACACUUCUAAAGAUUCGGUAAAAGAUGUUGAAGAUGGCAAACACGAUGAGGUAGAAACAUCCUUUACAGGAACACACGAGAGUGUUCCCCACGAAGGACAUAAAGAUAGUAAAGAAUAUGAAUCACCAUGGCUGAUACCAAUAUCUUUCCCUGCUCGUAUCCUCUGGGUAACCAUGCUACCCGUAAAAGCAAUUUUAUAUAUAAGUAUACCAGACUGCAGGCUACCAGGACGAUGGAGGAAGAUGUAUCCUUUGACUUUUAUUAUGUCAGUAGUGUGGAUUGCAGGUUUCUCAUAUAUAAUGGUUUGGAUGAUAACAAUAGCAGGAGAUUCCUUAGGCAUUGCAGAUACCGUUAUGGGGUUAACAAUUUUAGCAGCAGGAACAAGUGUCCCCGACUGUUUGGCCAGUUUGUUUGUAUCACGAGACGGACUUGGUGAUAUGGCAGUUGCAAACUCCAUUGGAAGUAAUGUGUUUGAUAUAUUGGUUUGCCUUGGUCUUCCAUGGCUGAUUGAGACAGCGGCAGUCAAUCAUGGUGACUACGUCAAAAUAAGCAGUGAAGGACUAAUCUACUCAUCUAUAACUCUAUUAUCAACAGUCGUGUUUUUAUUGCUGGCCAUGUUCUUCACAAAAUGGACGUUAAGUAAACCUUUUGGGAUUGUUUGUCUAUCUGCCUAUGUGAUUGUGAUAACAUUCUCUGUUUUAUAUGAACUGAACGUAUUUGGUAAUUUUGUGGCAGAGAUUUGUCCAAGAUAAUGUUAAGCAUCACGUUUGUAAGCACUCUUGUAUAAAGAUGUACAAUUAAUAUGAAACGAUAUGUGUAUAUGAUAUAUUUAGAUGUAGUUAAUUUGUUUACUUACGUUUAUUGAGAAAAUUCAUAAGAACAUGUUUCAUAUGUUAUAAUAUGUUAUUGAUAUAUCUACAAAAUGAUUUGUCACGGAGUGUAAGAGGAAAUUUAAACUAAACGUCACACAAAUGCGAAAAUAUUUUUAAAGAGCAAAUUCAAUGCUACUAAUUGUAAACGUUCAGAUUGAAGACCCUGUUAAAUGAACUCAUCUGAAUGUCCUUAGAUUGAAGCUAAGAAGUUUCUUUUGAAAAUGUCUAAUAUCAUAUAAAUGAAAGUUCAGUUGUUUUAACAAAAAUGCAAUUAUAGAUUUAUUAUACAUACAUUGAAAUAUAAAGCAAAUGACGAAAAUAAGAUCAAAUCCAAUGCUACUAAAUGUUAAACGCUGAGUUUGGAGACCUUGUUCUAUAAAUUAAUCUGAAUGACCUUCGAUGGAAGCUAAGACGACUCUUUUGAAAAUGCUUGAUAUCACAUAAAUGCUAAAAGUGCAGAUUUUCAACAAAAACUGCGAUUAUAGAUUUAUCAUACAUACAUUGAAAUACAAAGCAAAUGACAGUAUUUAACAUGUCAUUUUAUGUGACUACGAGGAAUGAAAUGAAAUAAACUGCAAUAUGGCAACGGAAAUAAAAUUGUUAAUUCAUCGUCACAAAUGAAUUAUUGAAUUAUGAUAUAGUAUUGUCAAAAAUCUGCAAUGUCCUGUUAAUUAAUAACGUUUGAAAAAACAAAAUUGAUCAAUUACACAUGGUUUUGUGUGAAGAUAAACUUAACCACGAUGCAUAUGACUGAGGUACUGAAAGUUUUAGUUUUCUUUUCUUGUUACGUGGUUGAUUAAAAUAACGGAUCGUUCGGUUGUCUGAUGCAUAACAAGAGAACGUUUCGAACCGAGGACAAAUGCAGCUUAUAUUUGAACUAGUAUUUAUCCCAAAAUUCAACGUUUCCUAACCUAUAUAGGAAUAGGAUGAAUUUUAUUAUUUGAACCCCAAAAUGAAAAUUUAUUUACGUCGUUGCCUGAAUUUCUAGUGUUAACGAAUAUUUUUGUUUUACCAAUCACAACAUUUAUAAGAAUAUAACACAAGAAUUGAUUGGAGUUAUAUUGUUGAUUUAACAUAAUGUUAAGCUCAUCAUUUUCAUUAAAACAUAGCCGUGAAGAGACUUCUCUACAAGUGCAUACUUAUUUAUAGUAAUGUAACAAUUAAACAAAAGAAUAUAACAAUAAAAGCUUAACCAUA